GAUGUUGUCUAACAUACUUUAUUUUUCACGUGUAUUUCUCUGAUAGGUCCCAAGAUAUCAUUAGAGUCAGCACAGUACUCUGUAACAGAAGAUGACGGUUCAAUUGAGGUCUGUGCCUCUGUGAAUGGAGGCUCCCUCUCAUCUAGUGUAGUUGUCACUAUCAGCACCCUCCCAUCAACUGCCACAUCUCCAGAUGAUUACACAAGCCUAAGUGCGACCCACACCUUCAUACCAGGAGGGGGAACCAGGAAGUGCUCAACUAUUCAAAUAUCUGCCGACACUGCUGUCGAGUCGUCCGAGAGUUUCUCUGCUGGUCUUCAGAGUGAAGUCGACAUCCUUGACACACCUAUUAGCGCAUUCAUCUUGAUUCUUGAUGGCAGUCGGUUGACACUGAGUUUAGGUGCAGCAGAGUACUUUGUGACUGAGGGACUUGCCUUGAGAGUGUGUGUGGUCCUCGUCAGUGGAGAGACUGAGCGAGUGGUGACCUUUGACACCACACUCGGUGGAGGAUCUGCCUCA